AUGGAAAAACUAUGUUUAGCCAUUGGUUUGAUUUUAACAUUAGGAUUAAUAGAUAGUAUAAAUGCAGCAUGUCCUCAGGGCUGGACCAACAUGGGUGGCUCAUGUUAUAUCUUUAAUGACGAGAAAAUGACAUGGCAUGAUGCUAUGGAUUGGUGUAAAUCUAAGGGAGGAUACCUGGCUGAAAUAAACGACAAACAAGAAAGCGAUCAGCUCGAAAAAGUAGCAGCUGGUUUGCAUGUGAGAAAUAUCACACAAUUUGAAUUCUUUUGGUUAGGAGCUCAUGAUGAACAAACAGAAGGCGUUUGGGUUUGGGAAACAAGUCAGAAAAGACUUACGUAUACCGACUGGUAUCCUGGUGAACCAAAUAGUUAUGCUGGACACGAAGAAGAUUGUUUAGCACUAUUCAGUCUCACAAGUUUUCAAUGGGUGGAUUAUGAAUGUCAAAAAUUGACAAAUUUUAUUUGUGAAAGUCCGUAAGUCAUACAUUAUAUUAACCAUGGUUGUUUC